AUGAAAAUCAGAGAAAUUAUACCAUUAUUAAGUUCAAAUCCUCUCUUUUCAAAAACACCACAAUCAUCACAAAAACCAUCAUCAUUCACAAGUGAAAAUAAUGAAUUAUCAUUCACAGCAAAAAAUUUUUUAUCAGUAAAUAAUCAAUCAUCAGAAAUUUAUUAUUAUUCACCAAUUGAAUGUAAAUUAUAUGUAAUUAAAGUAGAAUCAACUUUAGAUAAUACAAUUUGUGCAAUUAGAUUUCAGGAAUUAAAAUUAAAAAUCAAUUUUGAAGUUUAUAAAAUUGAAUUGAAUGAAGAUUCUAGAUAUCUUUGUAUUUCAGGACAUGUAAAUUGUAUAAUUGUUGAUUUAAAUCCUCAAACUGUAAAUUCAUAUUUCACAAGUCAAGAGAUUUUCUCUGAUCAAGAGAAUAAAACCUUUGGUUAUGAUUCAUUAACAGUUAGAAGUUUUACAUUAGAUAAAACUUUUUAUCAAUCUCAAAUUUCAAAUAUAAUUAAACAAGUUGAAUGGCAUCCAUUAAGUAAUAUUCAUUUAGUAAUUUUAUAUUCAAAUAAUACUUUAAAAAUUUAUAAUAUUCAAAGUGGAAAUGAAGAAAUUGAACAGACAUUUAAUUUAGAAUCAAUUCAUACAUUUGAAUCAUUAAAGAAUUUAAAGAAUAAUGAUAUUAGAAAUCAAACAAAGAAUACCAAGAAAUUCAUUUCAUUUUGUUUUGGUUCAAAUAUUAAUUUUUGGACAAGAUUCACAAUAUUUUUAUUAAGUGAUUCUGGCGAAAUCUUUAAUCUUUGUCCAGUAAUUCCAAAUAAUUGUUUAGUUGAAACUAGUUUUUAUAGGGAUUUUCAAAAUCAUAUUUUAUAUGAAAAAAAUCAAAUUGAAAAUAAUAGCGGUAGUGGUAGUAGUAAUGGAGAUGAUAGCGAUGAAUUUAUAAAACAACAACAACAACAAAAAAAAUAUUAUGAUUUUCAAUUUAAAUGGUUAAUGGCAGCAUCAAUUAAUACAAUACCAUUUGAGAUUGAAAAUGUAAGUUGGUUAAAAUUAUCAUCACCAUCAAAUAGUAGUACUACUUUUAAUCCACUACUUCAAGGUCCAAUUUCAAGGAUAUCAGAUUCAUUACCACCAUCAUCAAAUAGAGUACCUCUUAAAAUUUUAUCAAUUCAACCAUUAGUUUCAAAUAUAGAUCAAAAUUCAAAUUCUUCAAUUAUAAAUAAAAUUAAUAAUAAUAAUAAUAAUGAUGACGAUGAUAAUAAUAAUAAUAAUAAUAAUAAUAAUAAUAAUAAUAAUAAUAAUAAUAAUAAUGAUAAUGAUAAUGAUGAUGAUGAAAAAAAGAAACAUAAUUUAUCAUUAUCAUCAACAAAUAAAUUAAUACCAUUUGUAAUUAUAGUUUUAAUGGAAUCUUGUGAAAGUUUAGUAAAUAUUUGUUGUCAGGAUACUAUUCCAAUGUGGUCAAAUGAUAAUGGUAUUUUAUAUUUAGAGGAAAAUAAUAGUAAUAGUAAUAGUAAAAAACAACAACAACAACAACAACAACAACAACAACCAAAAUAUAUAGAUUUGAUACUAUAUGAAAUUUUAGAUUUAAAUGUAAAGAAAUCAAUUAAACCAUCAUUUAGUAAUAUUGAUAAAAAUUUAAAGAAUAAAUCAACAAUUGCAAUUGCAAGCACAAAUCAAACUAAAGAUUAUUUAUCAUAUUCAUUACCAACAAUGAAAUAUGAUCAAUGGAGUGAUAGUUUAUAUUUUUAUCAUAAUCAAGGUGUUCAAAUAGCUAAAUUCCCAUGGUUAUAUCAAAUUUAUUUAGAAAUUAAUAAUAUUGUAGCUUUUGAAAAUAAUAAUAAUAAUAAUAAUAAUAAUAAUAAUAAUAAUAAAAAUAAUAUCAAUAAUAGCAGUACCACGAAUAAUAAUAAUAAUAAAAAUAAAAAUAAAAAUGAUGAAAUUGAUGAAAAUAUUGAAUUUGAAACAACUUCAUUAAUGUCUGUUAUAAAUAAUGGUAGUGGUAAUGGUGAUCAAUGUAUACCAAUUAUUGGAAUUCAAGUUUUUAGUAAUAUAAAAAUUGGUACCUAUUUCUUAAUUUUACCAAAUACUUUUAAAAUCAUCAUUUUUGAUAUGGAUGGUUUAAUAAAUCAACAACCAAAUCUUCAUGAACAAAAACAACAACAACAACAGAAUGACGAUAAUGAUGAUGAUGAUGAUGAUGAUGAUAACGAUGAAGAUGAAAUUAAUUUAAAAUCACCAAUUCAACCAUUUAUUGAUAAUCCACCAUCAUUUAUUGGAAGAAUUAUCUUACCAAAUUCUUUUACACAAAAAGAAUUUUUACAAACUUUAGUUAAUACAAAAAAGAAGUUAUAUAAUUUAUAUAUUUAUUCAAAUCAAUUAGAAAUAGAAUUAAAUUCAAGAGUUAAAGGUUUAGAAUUAAUAAGUAAAGAUCAAUUAAAGUUAAUUGAUAAAUUAAAGAUUUAUAUAGAGAAUUUAAAAAGUAAUCAACAAGCUUUAAAUGCAAAACUUAAAUAUGUUUGGGAUAAAAAAGAAAUUGAUUCUGAAGAGAUUAAAGAACUCUAUAAGGUUGAAAUGGAAGGUAAACCAUUAAGUAAUCAAGAGAAAGAAUUGGCUAAAACUUUAAAACAAAUCAAUAGUCAAGUUAAUAUUUAUUCUGAAAGAUUAAAUCAAGUAGAAAAGGAUUUACAAGAAAAUAAUAAUAACAACAACAACAACAACAACAACAAUAGUAGUAAUAUUAAUAAUAAUAAUAAUAAUAAUGGAUUAAUUUCAGUAACAUCUUAUGAAACAAUACCAAUUGAACAUCAAACUGAAAUUAAAAAAGUAUUAAAUUUACAUGGUCAAAAGAUUGAAGAGGAUGUUACAAAAUUAGAAAAAUUAUUAAAAAAUAUUCAAAUUUAA